AUGACUACGGGAGAGUUAUCAAAGAAUCCCCUGCACUACGCGGUGGAGUUGGUGAUGAAGGCAAAACACGAAGCAGUGACCGGUGAGUACCUGAGAUCUGUGGCAAAUGUGAUGGUGAUGCGAGAUCGCCCUAAUUUGACAGCGGCUAACACUUAUAUAGCUUCGAAUUUGACGCACAUGAGUAUAAAGCAAAUGGAUGUAGGGUGGGGCACAGCGGCAUACGGUGGGGCGCUUAAAGGAAUUUUUUGGCCGACCGAUAUAAUUCAAGUAGCUUGGUACUUAGGAUUUAAGGAUGGUUUCGUGGUUCCGGUUAGCCCGCCUCUCGAAUCCAUGAAAGUCUUCGAGAAACAUCUUCAGGUCAUGACGACUACCGCUCCAGCAGCUUCCUCUUUGUGA